AUGCCAAGAAAAAAGCCCAAUAGAAAAUUCAUCCCUAGGCAACAAUACAGAAAAUUAAAUAAACAUUACAACCAUAAUAAAACAGCAGUCGUUAACCUUUCUAAUUAUCAACUAAGUCAACAAGAAAUAUCAGUUCUAUCCAAAGGCCUAUCUUUCUGCCCAACUCCAAAACCUCCAGACCAAUCAACUAUCUUAAGAGACAUUUUUAUUUUCAACCGCCGCCUCAGACUAAAUGUACACUUUAAAGAUCAAACUGAUAACAUCAAUCCAAAUCCAUUUCAUAUUCCAUCAGGAUGGACCCCUCCGAGUGGCAAAAACAUUUUCUUAGACUCAUUCAUCAACAUACUAACCCACCAAUGCACUCAAACGAAUGAAAAACGGAUCCCCUACCGCAACCUCACUAAUGAAGAAUUUCAAGCUUUAUCCAACCUCAAAAAUAAUCAAAACAUCAUCAUAAAACCCGCAGACAAAGGUGGAGCAAUAGUCAUUUUAAACCGUGAAGAUUAUAUCUCAGAAGCUCAUAGACAACUAAACAACCAAGAAAACUACACAUUGUUGGAAACGGAUAUCACUCCAAAAAUUAUUAAAACCAUCAAUGAGUUCGUACAAAGAGUCAAACAUUUGAUACCACCAGAAAUACUCAGAUACAACAAACUUCAAAUCAACCAGAUACGUACACCAAUCUUCUAUAUGCUUCCAAAAAUACACAAAGCUGGCAAUCCAGGCCGACCCAUAGUAUCCGCAGUUGGCGGACCAACCGAAAAAUUAUCAGCCACAGUCGAUUUUUUCCCUAAACCACUCGCUCAAAAUGUAAAUUCAUACAUAAAAGACACAAAUGAUUUCCUACUAAAACUCCAGAAUUUAAAAAAAGUUCCAAGAAACAGCAUUUUAGUAACAGCAGAUGUCUCUUCUCUCUACACGUCUAUCCCACAUCGCAAUGGCAUAUUAGCAUGCAAGAAAACACUGGACACAAGAGAAAAUCCCACAAUACCCACAUGGAUUAUACUCCGAUUCCUACACCUCAUUUUAACUAAAACAUGCUUCGAAUUCAAUGGUAACUACUAUUUACAAACCCAGGGAACAAGUAUGGGAACAAAAUGCGCACCAAACUAUGCAAUUAUAUUUAUGGACCACCUAGAAACUGAAUUCCUCCGACAAUCAGAAGUGAAACCGUUAAUUUGGUGGAGAUACAUAGAUGAUAUUUUCCUUAUUUGGACGGAAAGUAGCGAGGAUCUGCAUGCCUUCAUGUCCCAUCUAAACGAAUUCCAUCGUACAAUCAAAUUCACCUAUGAACAUUCUACAGAAGAAAUCAAUUUCCUUGAUACAACCGUGCGGAUUAAUAACCUAGGAGAACUAUCUACCACCUUAUACACGAAACCCACCGAUGCCCACCUAUAUUUACACUAUAAUUCCAACCACCCGAAACACAUGUUGAGGAGUAUACCAUUCAGCCAAGCAUUAAGGAUCAGACGAAUAUGCUCAUCGGACAACGAUUUUGAAGCACACGCAACAAUAAUGAAGGAACAUUUUUUAGCCAGAAGCUAUCCAUCAUCGAUGCUUGAACAAGCUAUAGAGAAAGCCAGGAAGCACAACCGUAACAAUCUGCUCACUGAGAAUAAAAAUAAAACACACGAAAAACGAGUAAUUCCACUAGUUACAACAUUCAACAGACUUAAUCCAGAAUUCAGAUCAAUUAUCAAUAAAUACAAAACGAUCUUAGAACAAUCCCCAGAUACAAAAGAAUUGAUGGAGAGAAUAAUCAUAGCAUAUAAAAGACCUCCAAAUUUAAGAAGUAUCCUAGUCCAUUCAAAGUUAAACUCCAGUCCUGAAAACAUCGGAAGCCACCCAUGUUAUGAGAAUUAUACUACUGUGAUAUUUGUAAAAAAAUCUUACUGUCGUAAAGAUGUUGUUCAACGCCAUAUCGCUAAAGAGCACCCAGAUACGGAAUUUAAAGAAAGUUUAAUAUUCACCUGCACCAAUCUGAGAGAAAUAGCCGAAAAACCUAAAGAAUGGAAACGUCCGUUUGAAAGCCGACCAAGAUCUACAAAAACUCCAAUCUUCAGAAUUUUACCAGCCAACAAAUCAUACGAACCCACGCAAUCAACAUCCACAGAAACCGUAUGUCAAGAUGAACUUCCACCAGGAUUACAGAACAGAUCGAUCACAGUUCACGGAAUUUAUGGACUAUUUAAUUAA